AGCCUUUCAGGUUGCUUCGGCCGCGCGGCGUGUCACCCGAGGGCCUCCCCGCGGGGCGGCGCGCCCCGCUCGGGUCGUGAUGCGCCGCGGCGGGGGGUGAGCCCCACAGGCCCUCGGCCGGCAGGCCGUGGUCGCCCGCGUCUCUCGGAGCACCGGGCGCGCCGUGGGAAUGCAGGAUGCGCGCGCGCUCCUCGAGAGCCUCAUGGGCAACGACCGGAACGCCAGUCUGCAGGAGCGGAAAGUGCGCAAGUUCAGCGAUGACGACAUCUGCAAGAAGUUCCUGCUCGGCCUCUGCCCGCACGACAUGUUCACGAACACGAAGACCGACCUGGGGCCCUGCAAGGGGAAGCACAACGACACUCUCAAGGAGAUGUUCGAGGAGGAUCCCAAGUCUCGCCGCUACCGGAAGAAGUGGAGGCCCGUCCUGCGUCAGCACCUGCUGCAGCUGCUCCAGGACGUGGACCGCAGGUUCGAGUCGAACCAGUCCUACAUCAAGGAGAAGCGGAGCGGUGCCGGGGCAGACGCGGAGCGCGCGAAGCUGAAGCAGGAGAUCUCGGAGAAGGUGAGGCAGGCCGAGCUCGCCGCCGACGACGGCAGGUUCGAGGAGUCCAGGGCCAUCAUGAAGGACGUGGAGCUCACCAAGCGGCGGGCGGAGGACCUCGAUGCCCCGAGGGAGAAAACGACCUUCACCGAGACCGUGUGCGAAGUCUGCGGCCUGCGCGUGUCUGCGGAGGAGGCCAGGAGGA